UUGUACCUCAGAAAGAUUAAGAAGAAAUGAAAAAAAGGGAAUAUCCUCAUUCCCGUGUCUCAUACGAGUACAAUUCGUAAGGGCGAUUUCAAAAUACAACCUUCUACUUCUCUGUUUUUGUUCAUCUGUUUCCGUUUUGUUGAGAUCUCCCAUCUAUAAAAUACAUUAGUUGGGACAUCAUACCUUGAUCAAUAACAGCGAUCUCAGAACAAAAGACAUUCAAGAAGAAGAAGGACAACGGAAAGAAGGAAGUAAUUUGCUUUUGAGAAGUUUUCUUGAUUCUGAAGAUAUUGAAAUGGCAUCGAAUAGUGAAGCAAGGCCUCUGCCAAAAUUCGGAGAAUGGGAUGUGAAUGAUCCAGCGACGGCUGAGGGAUUCACGGUUAUAUUUACUAAAGCCGGUGAGGACAAAAAAACAGGUCGGAGCUCUAGCAAGGCAACUUCACAGAGGAAACGAGACAACGCUAAACCAACGGCAAAGAAAUGGCUCUGUUUUACAUUUUCUUGAUUUCUUGUAACCGACGUAAUCGUUUGAGAAUAGCAUUGAGAAACUUUUGUCGUAGAACUUUUAUCAUUUCUUUAGCGUUUCUCUUUAUAACAUGUUGCAGAGCAGAGAUGGAAAAGGGGUAGCUUCUUGUAUAUUCUGUUUGAUGUUUAAUGUUUUGUUUGUAAGUUUAAGACUAUAUUUUGACAACCUUCUUUGAUUCAAA